UCACAGUACCAGCCUGACUUCUGCAGGGAGCACACAGCUCUCUGGAUUCCACCCCUCCAUCACUGACAGUAGGCUACAGUUGCCUUCACAGUAGAGCAGCAUGGGGAGCAGCAUUUCAUGUGUGCCCCAACACAACUUCAGGUUCUCCAGCAAGAGCUUCAUUCGCCGAAACAGCAGUCGCCUGUUUCGCAAGAAAAAUCCCCAAGAGGGACAGGAGAAAUCCAACAGUAUCAUAAAUAUCCUUUGCACAGUCACCCCAAGGAAGGAAAUGUCUCCUAAGGACCUGCAGACGAUAGAGAACAUAAAAUGGGACCCUCCGUUCGCCUAUGACCCGGUCAGUGGCUGGAAGAAGAGUAGCAUCAAUGUGAAGAAUUUUGGACGAAUGAUUCAUAGCUCCAAAGUCCGCUUCCGGUUCCUGCACUGUCAGGAUAUACACGACUGCUACCUGGAUCUAUUCGAAUCACAUCUUCAUUUUGUCUCCAACAACACAACUGGACUAACGUAUCAGGGAACUCUGCCUUUGAAGGAACUUUCCAUCUGCAACCUGCAGCAGAACUGUAAUCACAGCCAACCUGAGGAAUAUGCCUUCCAAAUAAAUGGUGUCAGCCUCAACCCCAUCAUCGUCUACUGCGCCACCCAAGACGAAAUGGACCUGUGGUUUGGCCUUCUGAAAGAGAGCAUCGAGCAGAACGGAGGCACCGCUGUCCAACCUGAAAAUUACACCAGAGUGAGACUAAACCAGAACAAGUCAGAGGGAAGAGAGGAGCUGAGGAACUCAAUCAACAGGGAGCCCAUCUAUGAGUGGGAGGGCUCUCAGCGGGACAGCCUGGGCCCCAUCACCUACGUCACCAAAGUCCAAGUGCAGCACCUGCCCUGCCAGGAACAGGAUGACAGAUUGCUGGUGAUGUACCCAUCGACCCUAAUCUUCUUAUCAGAGGAGAGCAAUGGGCUCUUCUAUAAGGGCAAACUUCCACUCAACAUGAUUACAGUAACCACUCCCUGUCAGGACGUCAAGCCCAACACCUUUAGGAUUGAAGGCAAGCUGAUCAACCCCAUAGUGGUGUCCUGUUUGGACAGGACAGAGUUCUACGACUGGAUCCAGCAGUUCAAAGCUGCUGACGUCCCUGUUGUCAGCCCCCCACCCCCCGUCUAUGACAUCAUUUACACGCCAACAAACACAGAGCAAACGACAAAGUUUGACAGAUGGAGUGGAAACAGCCAGGGGAGAGUGGAGUCUGUCAGAUACAGCCAGCCGCCAAGUGGACGCGGGUCCUUAAACCUUCAGCUACCAGUUCAUGAGGAAAACCCCAUGUCUCCUGGAUACGCCGAACCUCUCUGUUAUAGCUCCAGUCGCCCAUCCUCAGUCGAGACAACCCGCCUGGGCAGCAGGACCAACAGCGUGUCCUCCCAAAACAGACCAGAUCGUGACCAUAGACCUCUGUCGCUGCGCUACUCCUCUCCGCAGCAAGGCUCCUACCUGCAGCCUGCAGAGAGCUCCCCAUUGUCUCAGGUCUACAGCACUCCCUACUACGCCCUGCACCACGCCAGCCCACAACGGCUGGAGAAAGCCCCACUCAUAAAGUCUAACAGCUGGAGCACACCGCAGACGUCCCUGAACUACCCACUAAGCACCAGCCAACGUCACUCAGACCUGUGCGCCCCACGUCAGCCUUUGUCUCCUCUCUACGAUGAGCCAUGCACCCCAGAGAUCUUCAGCCUGGAGGAGGCCAGGCCAGUGCAGCAGAGCUGGAACAAACCCAUCCAGCACCACCAACCGGACACACAUCAACUUCCCUCCUCUUUCCAGCUGCGUACUCCCCCCAUGGGCAGACGCACCAGAAGAAGCCUGGUCCUGGCCAACAACAAGGCUACGUCCUUCGACAUGGAAAUGCCUCAAAGUGAAGAAGAGCAGAGAGCAGAGGCUGUGUCGAGGCUGAAGCUCCUGCCGAUGCCCUGCCAAGUUCAAGAGCAGAUGCCUCUCCCUUCAUGCUCUCAGAGGAACAUCUCUCACAUGCCAUAUGGUUACUCACCAGAUCGCCAUUCCUACCUCGAACCCACGGACCCAGAUGACCAGGAAGUGGACUAUGACAACAUUUGGGAGUACGACGGUGAGACUGGAAUGAUUCAGCCGGCUUGUGGAAUUUCGACACAGUGGACAGGAUUAGACUUUGGGGCCCGGGGCCUUGGUCCCAUGGCAACUCGCCAGAGAUGGUCGUAAAACAAAACAAAAGGCCGGCGCUCGUCUGGACGUGCUCAAACAUCAGAUCACUAUCAGAGGGAUAAUAAAAGCCAACGGUUGCAGCUAUAGCUGCUGCUGGUGUGUACAGAGUAAAGCAACAAACCUGAGGAAGUGCUUCGUCAGAUGUUAGUCGAGCCGAGGACAGAAUGGAGAGUGCGAAAGGAAAGAAAACAGUUCGACAGUGACAGACACGCUUUAUUUGUCUGGUUCAUAUGUAGCAUUUAAGACUGAAGUGUACAGUGCAUCGUGUGUAGCUUUAUUAUUAUUAUUAUUUUCUAUUCAUUAUUUAAAUGACUCAUUUGCAUUUUUUUCAGGAGUCGCUCAUAAACCUAUGUUUAAUGUUGUUUCUAAAUUAAAUCAUUCCAUUGCAGCUUUUUUUUUGGUGAACAGUAAGUUAGUUUGUUUUUGUAAAUGUUGUUAAUAAAGAUAGCUGCGUUCUUAACAGAAAUAGAUGUGGCUACAACCGAUUGACCUAAAGGUGCUAAUAUUGUAACUACGACCCCACCCCUUUGCUCUGUAAAUGUUUUACUUUUGUAUUC